CCUCCAUACAAAGGCCUGAUGUUCGCAAGUGCACGACUGAUUCUGUUCUGUUUCUGCUGAGUCGGUUGUCCUUGUCAAUCCAAUCACGCUUCUUCUUUAUGUAAAAUCACCAGAACCCGUCCAUAAGCACUUUCUAUGAAAACACUUGAGUGCCAGGACCGACAAUGGGGAAACCAAGACUGAUCAUUAUCAUCCGCCAUGGACAGUCUGAAGGCAAUCGAGACAAGACCAUCCACCAAAAAACACCGGACCAUAGGGUCCCCCUGACCCCAGACGGACACCAGCAGGCCAUGGAGGCCGGUGAAAAACUCCGAGCUCUUCUCCGCAACGAUGACACAGUCCACUUCUUCAUUUCGCCAUACCGAAGGACCCGAGAGACGACUGAAGGCAUCCUGAGUGGACUCUGCUCGAAUGAUCCAGUUCCAUCGCCCUUCCGGAGAUCUCACAUCAAAGUGUACGAGGAGCCAAGAUUAAGGGAGCAGGACUUUGGCAACUUCCAGCCAGGUGGUGACGAAGUCGAGCGUCUCUGGAGAGAGCGUGCGGAGUAUGGACACUUCUUCUACCGGAUACCCAACGGCGAGAGUGGAGCUGAUGUUUACGACCGAGUCUCCUCAUUCAAUGGCUCACUGUGGCGCCGGUUCUCCGAGGACACCAUGGCCAGUGUAGCGAUAUUGGUGACCCAUGGUCUCUGCAGUCGCAUAUUCCUGAUGGCAUGGUAUCAUUACAGCGUUGAGUUCUUCGAGGACUUGCGCAACAUCAAUCACUGCGAGUUUCUGGUCAUGAAGCUAGCCGCCAAUGGGAGAUACGUCCUGCAGAACAACUUGAGACGGUGGUCGGACCUUAGAAGGGAGCGAGCCGCGAGAAAAAGUAUUUCUGCCUCAGCACCACCAGUCAAUAUCGAGCCAAUCCCCGUGCGGCGAUGGACUUCUAAUCGAUCGGCCCAUGAUGCGACCGGCAAUAGUCAGCUGCCCAGACCGACGCGGAAGAAUACAGCAGAGAUGUUCAAAGACGAGACCGAGGUAGCAGAAGAGGUCGAAGAGAUGCAGCAGCCCGGCGCAGAAAAGGCUAAGCGAAGAGGAAGCGCAACCGCAAGUAGGGGCGAGAGUCGGAGCCGGGUUCGGUCUACAAGCAACCUUCGCACCUCCCUCAAUAAUAUGUCAUUGGAUGCCAGCCCCAGCAAGAAAAAACCAAGCGUGCCGAUGUUAAAGCCAUACCUUGGCCGUGACGGAGGAGGUUCAAGAUCAGGUGCUGGCUCUCCAUUCGCCGGAUCAGACGACGAAAACGAGACAACACCACCAGCUGCAGAAGCUGGUCAUGCACAUAAAGACAAAUUCUCGUCGUCACUGGCUCGCGCGUUGAGAGGGGAGUUCGACACCUCGACCCGAUCGCGUGAUGACCCGAAUCGACCCAUGGCAGAUGCGUUAGGGGAUGCGCCAAGUGAUGUGGAAGCUAGUGAGGCUGAAGUCACCAAAGAGAAUGAGGUGAGAGAGAUUGAGCAGAUCAUAGAGAAUGAGAUCAGGGAACGGAGUCACGGUGGUAGUGUUUAUUGAAUUAGCAUGUUAUUGCAGUCUUUGCUAGACGCAUUACUACUCGCAAAUCUAUUCUUGCUGUGGCUGGCUGAUAUCCAGUCGCUCGUUGCGGGCAAUUCGACCAAAGAUGAUUGCGAGCUCCUUUCGUGACUCGAAUAGUGGCCACUAGUAUUCACGCAUUAGUCGCUAUUGCUACAAAACAGAAGAGGGACACUCACAGAUACGAUCAGAAUCAGACUGACGAACACAAAUGUG